CCUAGCUUCAGGCGGGCGUCGCACGGCGCUCGGUUCUCCAGGCGGCGGAGUGUCCCCGGCCGCCCGCUCCGCAUAAGGCCAGGGCUUUCCGACUUCAGCUACAGUGCUAGCUAAGUCGGGGAAGGCAACACGGAGCGAAGCCGCGCGUCCACCGCCUCCUCUCGGCACCGGGCUUGUGGCAGCGGCUGAGCGGCCGGCAUGGCGCGGGGAGCGGAGCCGGCGGGCGAGCGGCGGCCCUGCGGAUCUGUGGUUGCCUAUUUUACCUCUGCAAAGUUUCUGCUUUAUCUCGGGCAUGCACUGUCCACCUGGGGGGAUCGUAUGUGGCAUUUUGCCGUCUCUGUGUUCCUGGUUGAACUUUAUGGAAACAGCUUACUCCUGACUGCAGUCUAUGGACUGGUUGUGGCAGGAUCAGUUCUUCUCCUGGGAGCCAUUAUUGGAGACUGGGUGGACAAGAACUCCAGGCUCAAAGUGGCCCAGACAGCCUUGGUUGUACAGAAUGCAUCUGUCAUCCUCUGUGGUGUUAUCCUGAUGAUUAUCUUCUUGUUUAAGACACAACUCUUGACCUUAUACCAUGGAUGGCUUCUUACGGCGUGCUAUAUCCUGGUUAUCACAAUAGCAAAUAUUGCCAACUUGGCCAGCACUGCCACAGCGAUCACAAUUCAGAGGGACUGGAUUGUUGUGGUUGCAGGGGAAGACAGAAGCAAACUGGCAGAUAUGAAUGCCACAAUAAGGAGGAUUGAUCAGUUGACCAAUAUCUUGGCCCCAAUGGCAGUUGGUCAGAUAAUGACGUUUGGCUCCCCGAUGAUUGGCUGUGGAUUCAUUUCUGGCUGGAACCUGAUGUCAAUGUGUGUGGAAUAUCUGCUGCUCUGGAAGGUUUAUCAGAAAACCCCUACUCUGGCUCUCAAAUCUGCCAAACUUGAAGAAUCAGAAAUGAAACAGCUGAAUGUAAAGAAAGAGAGUGACAUGAAACCCUCUGAAGGAGUGCAGUUAAUUGUUGAGAAAGAUGUAAGUGGCUUUGAGCCCCAAGAGGAGAAGGAAAUCGGCUGUGCUGCCCGGAUUGCUGAACCUUUCAUCACCUUCCGUGAUGGAUGGGUUGCGUACUACAACCAGCCAGUGUUCCUUGCAGGCAUGGGCCUUGCAUUUCUGUAUAUGACUGUUCUGGGCUUUGAUUGUAUCACUACAGGCUAUGCAUACACUCAGGGAUUGAGUGGCUCCGUGCUCAGCCUCCUGAUGGGUGCCUCGGCAGUCACUGGAAUCAUGGGAACAGUAGCCUUCACUUGGCUUCGUCGCAAGUGUGGCCUGAUUCGCACAGGCCUAAUUUCUGGAGCUGCCCAAUUUGCUUGUCUGAUCUUAUGUGCCAUCUCUGUGUUCAUGCCUGGAAGUCCUAUGGAUUUGACUGUCUCUCCAUUUGCUGACAUCAGUGCCAGGCUGUUUGAAAGUGAACCAUUACCUACUAUAGCAUCUCCAGAAGAUAAGCCAGAAAUGGUUUUUGCAACUGGAAUGCCCACCUUGUUAAACGGGUCUACUACUCCUGCUAACAGCGACCCAGAGAUGAGUCCUGAGCCUGUGCCUUUAAUCUCUGUUAGUCUCCUGUUUGCAGGAGUCAUUGCUGCUAGAGUUGGCCUUUGGUCCUUUGAUUUGACUGUCACACAGUUGCUCCAAGAAAAUGUGGUGGAAUCUGAAAGAGGCAUCAUAAACGGUGUCCAAAACUCCAUGAAUUAUCUUCUUGAUUUGCUGCAUUUCAUCAUGGUCAUCUUGGCCCCAAAUCCUGAAGCUUUUGGCGUAUUGGUGCUUAUUUCUGUAUCUUUUGUUGCAAUGGGCCACAUCAUGUACUUCAGAUUUGCCCAAAAAACCUUAGGAAAACAACUUUUUGUUUGUCGCACUCCUGAUCCCAAAGAAGUUGCUGACAGUUCACCACCUGGUAAUACCUCUACUGUCUGAAAGGAUUUGCUUCUACUAACUUGCUAUGCAGAUACCAUAGUUAAAGACACGUACUGCCUUUUGUGACCCUGUCAGAGGUGUUUCUCUAGAGUUGAAUGCAAAAUUUAGCUAUUUCAGUAGCUAAAAUGCAUCUUAUAGUGACCUUGUAAAAAUAGUCCUCUACCAAAUGUGAACAACCUAGUUGGAUCUUGGCAGGGGGUGUUUCAAAGGAUCCCCAUAGGUCACAUGUCUUGUAUUUGGUCGCAAUACCAAUGCUGGAUCUCUGUUGCUGACCCCUCUGGUGGUGCUGUUGAGUGGUCAUACAUAGUGAGUUUGUUCAUCAAUCCUGAUCAGUUCUUGUGCUUGUGGAGCAAAGUGAGGGGGUGCUUUGGUUACUUCAGAAUUAUACAAUAUGUAGGUUUGUGGUGGUUCUCUCUUCCCCCUCCCUCAUCAGGAACCAGUUCUGUUGCAUGUCUCCUCCAAUUGACAUAAAAAUCCUUCCUGGAUUCCUGAAGCAGACUGAAGUUCCCGUGUUUUCCCCAGAUGCCUUUUUAGCAUUCUGUCUGGUUUGGAUUAACUUUACAGAAACACCUUUGCAGUUGUUUUUUGCAUGUUUCCUCACAUGUUAGACAAGUGCUAGGCAUAAAAUACUGUAUUACGCUUUUGUUGCACUUGGUGAAGUAAAAUGUAGGCUCAUGUUAUAGCAGAAGCAGCUGCUGCAGCAUUCUAAAGCAUGGCUUUCUGUAAUUGCAAACAACAGGUCUGCUCAGGUUUGUAUAGCAGAAGGCAUUAAGCUUAGGAGUACUGGUACAGAACGGUAAAAUCGAGGCAAAACUAAGCUAGGCCUGGGAGUUCAGACAGCUUUAGUGUUGAGUGCUAUGUUUUCAGAACCUUUUAGCCUGCUGUUAGCACUCCAGGUUCAAGUGGAUUACCUGCAUGUAUCAGCUUUACACGGGUGUGAAUUUUGACUCGUUUUGUUCUAGAAUACUGCCAAAGCAACAAAGUGUUGGACUGUGUGGCCCUCUAAAGCAACAGCAGAGCAGUGAAAAACAAUACAUCCCUUUGAUUUUUUUUUUCCCAAGUACCUGCAUUUUGGUGUCUUUUCCCAGCAUGUGCACUAACACAGUGCUUCCACAGCCAUUAUCUGCAUCUGCACUUCUGUGGCAACUGCACCCUUUGCUUUCUCAAUAGAGCUGAACCUGGUGGUGUCCUGAGUUUCCCUGUGGCACGAUAGCAUGACUUGUACACUUCUAUCCUUGUAAGAUACUUGCAGAACAAGCAGUAUGCAAAAACCAUAUGUCAGCAACUUGGGUAAAGUAUCCUCUAACUUCCAAGGGAGGUUAAUUUUAGGUACUGUCCUUCAUGGCCAUCUGUGUUGCCAGACUUCAAUCCUGGAAAGUAAGUGUGAACUCCAUUGACAUUAAAGGCGUUACCCCAGGGUUGAAUCUGGGCCACUCAUCCUGCAAAUUGAAAUGAUUGCAUUAUCUAUCAAACUAAACAAGAAUGUAAAAACCUGUAGUGGCUUUUGUCUCAGACAACGUUUUGUAAGGAGAGUGAAAGCAAAUCAGUGGGAAUCCAAUGUACAACCAAUGUUGCCCUCAGUAUUUCAGUAACUGGAUUGUAACCAUGUUUUCUCCUUCAGUGGACCAAACCUGAUUCUUACUGCUACAUUACUGAAAGUUUCUCAGGGAUGUUUUCACUAGGCUUCUAAGUGUUUAUAUUUUGACCAAGCUUUUGGGUUUUGUUUUGAUAUAAUAAAGUAAAUUAGAUUAGUUUUCAAAUUUGUGAUUUAAUCCUGAGUCUCACUUAAGGAAAAGGGAAUUUUCCCAUCAGCAGAAUUUGAUAGUUGAAGACAAAGAAAAGAAGCUUACCUAGAUGUGUAGAAUAAAUAUGCCCAAAGGAUAGCCUGUUCAAUAUGUGAUAAGUACACUAAGAAAUAAAAUAUCUCUGAUUUCAUAGAAUGGUUUAGGUUGGAAGUGAUCUCAAAGAUGAUCUAAUUCCAGCCCCACUGCCUUGUGCAGGGACACCUUCCACUAGACCAGGUUGCUCAAGGCCUCCUUUUUUAUGUAUCUAAUCUGAAUUGGGACCAGAUGUUAAUAUUGCUGAAUAUAACUAAAGGUAGCCCAAAUGUCAGUGAAUGCCUCAGUACUGCGCUUUGAAAAUCUUGAGUACCGCUUUGUAUAUUGGAGGCACUGACCAUCAGGGAAACAAAGCUGAAAAUGUAGCUGCUUCUGGGCUGGCUGAAACCUCCAGAACCCAGUGUGCCUAAAGCUCAAUGCUGUAGCACUAAGCAUCCCAGAGAGGGAUGUGUUCCUGAAGUCUAGAGAGCUCCAAACCCACAACAAACAGAACUAGGAGCAUAUCCUGUUCCCAAAGAGUUGUAGUCUAAUUUGAGUUGAGUAGCAAUUUUAGUCACAAAUAGUUCCACUAGAUAGUGCAGCCUGGAUCUCAAGCCAAAAAGAGUAGUGUUGGGAGGAGCUUUGUGUUUUGUACAGCUAAUGUUGCUGGGAUUAAGACACACAGCUGGAAGGCAAGAUAAUCCUUAAAGAAGUGGUUGCUAAGGAAGCUCUAAAUUGGAAAUCUGGCACAUACUGAUCUGAGUCAGAUGUCAAAACUAUGCUGCUUAAGCACAACCCCUCUUCAUGUCAGUCUAAGAUGUAGGCAGACACCUGUACUGAUAGUGCUUGGAAGCAAUGUGAGGCCUGGAGUCUUACUUGGCAGGACUUUGAUUGAGUAAGCAUUUUUGGCCUUGUAUUUAUUUAUUUUUUUUAAGUGUCCAAUUCGGAUGAAAACUGCCCUUAAAAUGUAUGCAACCUUACCAGAACAGCAUAUUUUAUUAUACAACCUUAUGCUGGACAUAGUAUUGAUUUAUGUAUUACUAUUGUUAAAGCUAAUGAAUAAAUUUGCAUAAAACUUUA